AUGGACUUGACCUUCAGCAUGAUCCCUUGCUCGGAAACCUGUCUUCAGGCCCAGCUAUGCCCCAACCUAGAGGAGCUCACGGUGCGGAACGCGGAAGACGGCUUUCUCGAGCAGCUCUUGGAUGCGUAUACUACGAGUACGACGCACCCGUACCGCCUCACGCGACUGUCGUUGAUGGCAGGCCAUGCCGACGUCGGAUAUGACGCCGUUGUGGCCGCGCUAUCGUCGCCAGAUCAUCCAGUGUCCCGUGUGCUCCGCUCGUUGUACAUUGACGUGCGCGGCUGGGACGACGAGGAUGUCGAGUCACUAAGCACUCGACUGCAGCAUUUGCUGAUGACCAACAGUCACCUGCGCGACCUCACACUGUGUGCGUCACCGACAUGGCCGCCAGACGACGACGUUGACCCGUUGCAUGCCGGCGGUUGGACUGUUCUUCUCCUGCCACUCCGUCAGCGCCUCGCGGCACUAAGUGUGCUGCGUCGCAUCAACUUGCCCAUCGCGCUGAUGGCCAGCAUCCUGUCAAUGGCUGGGCGUCAUGUGAAACGCUUUCUCAUGGAGAGGAAAGACGAUGACGACUAA